GUCGAGUGAGCUGUGCGUGGGAGAGGGAGAGGGAGAGGGAGAGGGGGAGAACUGAGAAGGGGAGGAGGGAAGGGAUAACAAGAGAUAAAGAAGCCCUGUAGAGUAGGGUCUCAACUCUCAAGACUUCACAGAUUUCGGGCUCGAUUUGCAGUGGGAAUCGCAAAAGGACGACUAAAGAAGGAACAGAGAAGAGAAACAGAUGAUAACAUCAUAAAAUUCCUGUCAAGGCAGGUCCUCUCCUUCUUCUAAUCCAAAUCUUGUGGAUUUCGUUUUGGUGCGGAAGAGAGGAGGCCUUUGUGCUGGUCGGUGUUGGAGUUGAUAAAUAUACCGGUGUUCCCGGUUGGAUUCGGGAGACAUGUUGGAGGGUCAGUCUUAUCUGAUUUCGAGGGCCUUGCCAAGCUCCUGUGAGCAAGAGAGUAAGUGGGCUUACAUGACUUACCAUCUCAUUGAGGUCUCAAAUGGAAAGCGUCAUUUAGAAGAUGAAGGGGAAGAAGCACUUGGGCAGAGAAAGUCAUCCAAGAUAUCUGACGCGAAUCAGAGAGAGGAAAUGACUCGACACCUGCAUAAUCUUUCCCAGCCUUCUGAAGACCAAACUCAUAGUAAGCGUCAUCGUGGGGAUCAAUCAGAUUCAAAUUCCCUCACCCAGUCGAACCGCUUUCUGAACAUGCAUCAGAGAGAGGUAAUGUCUCAAAAUCAUGAUGAUGUCUACCAGUCUACGGAAGACCAAUCUAAUAGUCAGCAUCAUGGUGGGGAUCAGUCAGAUUCGAGUUCCCUCAUCCAGCCCAUUGGACAGGAAAGCUCGAUCAACUGCCUUCUCCACACCCAUCACAGAGAUGAAAUGACCCAAAUUCCUGAAGACCAAUCCCAUGGUAGGCGUCAUCAUGGGGAUCAAUCAGAUUUGAAUUCCCUCAUCCAACCCAUUGGCCGGGACACCUCAAUCAAUUGUCUCCUUCUCUGUUCAAGGUCUGAUUAUGGUUCACUGGCCUCCCUGAAUCGGAGUUUUCGUUCUUUGAUUCGAACUGGGGAGCUUUAUAGGCUAAGACGGAUGAAGUGCAUAAUUGAGCACUGGGUUUAUUUCUCUUGUCAGCUCCUUGAGUGGGAGGCAUUUGAUCCCAUUCGUCGCCGAUGGAUGCAUUUGCCAAGAAUGCCUGCAAAUGAGUGUUUCAUGUGUGCUGAUAAGGAGUCCCUGGCUGUGGGUACUGAGCUUCUGGUAUUUGGGAAGGAGGUGACUUCUCAAGUAAUAUAUAGAUACAGUAUUUUGACAAAUUCCUGGUCUUCUGGCUUGAAGAUGAACGCCCCCAGAUGCUUGUUUGGGUCUGCCAGCCUUGGGGAGAUUGCGAUUCUAGCUGGAGGAUCUGACUCACAGGGGAAUGUCUUGAAUUCAGCAGAACUUUAUAACUCAGAGACUGGAACUUGGGAGACACUCCCAAGCAUGAAAAAACCAAGAAAGAUGUGCUCUGGGGUAUUUAUGGAUGGGAAGUUCUAUGUUAUUGGGGGAAGCAAUACAGAGCCACUCUCUUGUGGAGAAGAGUAUGAUUUGCAGACUGGAAUUUGGCGUGAAAUCCCCGGCAUGUUUCCUAUACAGAGUGGAGCAAAUGGAGGAACAGCACCACCUCUGGUUGCUGUUGUAAAUAAUGAGCUGUAUGCAGCUGAUUAUGCAGAAAACGAGGUGAGGAAAUAUGUGAAGGACGGUAACUCAUGGAUUACCAUUGGCAGAUUGCCUGAGCGGGCAGUCUCAAUGAAUGGUUGGGGGCUUGCAUUUAGGGCGUGUGGAAGCCAGCUUAUCGUUAUUGGUGGACCUAGGGCCUUGGGUGGAGGGAUUAUAGAGCUCAAUUCAUGGUCCCCGAAUGAGGGUCCACCACAGUGGGACCUGCUAGCCAGCAAGCAUUUAGCAAGCUUUGUUUAUAACUGUGCUGUGAUGGGUUGCUGAUGGGUAGGGUUUUGGUGACACCAUGUGCAUUAUAUGGGUGCCUCACAAUGGAUGAGAUGUACAAGAUGGUAUGAAAGGGUAGGAUCCUGGCCAAUGGGUAAUCUCCACCUCUUAUUUUUCCUGGGAAAUUUCAAGUUUCACUCCACAUUUAAAAGAAUGUUUUCUUGUAAGGAGAUCUUGAUUUUUCCUUCUUCCCCCACCCCCUUUUUUUCCUCUCUAUUUUUGUUGUCAUUUCUUUUUCUAUUGAAUUUGCAUCUUCCUCCUUUGUAUCGACCAAAGCUUUCAAAGGUGCUAAUCAUGCAGCAAAUUGAUAAGUUAAUAAUUGAAGCUCCAAUACAUCGGUAGGUUGUCAGGAAA